GCUCGGGCAGAAGUGGGUCACGGCGCGGCGGAGGGGCAGGUGCCAGAGCCGCCCGGUGCCGCCCGGUGCUUCCCGGUGCCGCCCGGUGCCUCCCGGUGCCGCCGCUCCCCGCCGCGCCCCGCGCCGCUCCGGACCCCCGCGCCGCCCCAUGCGCCCCCCGGCGCCCUGACCGCGGCGGACACGAUGCGAGCCCAAAUCGAGGUGAUCCCGUGCAAGAUCUGCGGAGACAAAUCCUCAGGGAUCCACUACGGUGUCAUCACCUGCGAAGGCUGCAAGGGUUUCUUUCGGAGGAGCCAGCAGAACAAUGCCAGCUACUCCUGCUCCCGGCAGAGGAACUGCCUGAUCGACCGCACCAACCGCAACCGCUGCCAGCACUGCCGCCUGCAGAAAUGCCUGGCACUGGGCAUGUCCCGCGACGCGGUGAAGUUCGGCCGCAUGUCCAAGAAGCAGCGGGACAGCCUCUACGCCGAGGUGCAGAAGCACCAGCAGAGCCAGGAGCAGAGCGGCGGCACCAAGGACGAGCCCGAGCCCCUGAGCCGCGUCUACACCACGAGCGUCAGCAGCGGCCUCUCGGACCUGGACGACAUCUCCACGCUGUCCGACGGGCUCCUCUUCGACUUCCCCCUGACCCCCGACGGCAGCAGCACCUACUACAACCUGGACCUGCUGGCCUCGGCGCAGCCCUCGCCUGACCAGUCCAGCCUGGACGUGGCUGAUGCCACGCUCAUCAAGCAGGAGUCCAUCUACGAGCUGAUGCUGGAGCCGGCGCUGCUGGCACACGGGGCGCUGGAGGGGGCCCAGCUGCCCCCUGACAUCUCUGUCCUGGAGAUCGACCGGGUGGCCCAGAACGUGGUGAAGUCGCACCUGGAGACGUGCCAGUACACAACGGAGGAGCUCAAGCGCCUGGCGUGGAGCCUCUACUCCCCUGAGGAGGUCCGUGCCCUGCAGAGCAAGAGCUGCGAGGCCAUGUGGCAGCAGUGCUCGCUGCAGAUCUCCAACGCCAUCCAGUACGUGGUGGAGUUCGCCAAGCGCAUCGACGGCUUCAUGGAGCUCUGCCAGAACGACCAGAUCAUCCUCCUGAAAGCCGGUUGCCUCGAGGUGCUCCUGAUCCGCAUGAUCCGCGCCUUCAACCCCUUGAACAACACCAUCCUCUUCGAGGGCAAGUUCGGUGGGAUGCAGGUGUUCAAAUCUCUCGGCUGUGACGACCUCAUCGGUGCUGUCUUCGAGCUGGGGAGGACCCUGUGCCGCCUGCAGCUGUCGGACGAGGAGCUCGCCCUCUUCACUGCUGCUGUCCUGCUCUCCCCAGACCGCCCAUGGCUGACCGAGUCCAAGAAGGUGCAAAAGCUCCAGGACAAGAUCUACGUGGCCCUGCAGCACGAGAUCCAGAAGAAACACUCCGCUGAGGACAAGCUCUCGAAGAUGGUUUCCAAGCUGCCCUUGAUGAAGACCAUUUGCAACCUGCACUUGGACAAGCUGGAAUUUUUCCGUCUCCUGCACCCGGAGACUGCCAUGAACUUCCCCCCCCUCUAUAAGGAGGUUUUCAACUCGGAGCUUCAGUACAGCGACCCCCGGGAGAGCUAAGGCCAGGAGCCAGCGGCCCCCUUCGAGUUCCCCAAAAUUUGGAGACAAACUGCACUUCAGAGGUUUGGGGCAAUUUAUUUAAAUCAAAUAAUCAAAGGCAAGAGAACCCCGAGGGGGGCUGCGGCGCCUCCCUGGCCCCGUCUCCUCGCUGUGGAUUGCAAUAGCUCUUGAAUGUAAAGCACCUUGAAGGAAAAAGCAAAUGGACUUUGCCAUACCAGUGAAAUGAAUGUGAAAUCUCUGCUUGGGAGAGGAGAUGCUCCUGGCAGUGGUGAGGGACCGGCUGCUCCCGGUGACACGGGAGGAGGGAGUGCCCUUCCCGCUGUCCCGGCUGCACUCUCCACCUCCCAUUUUUAUUUCUUUGUUUUUUAAUUAUUAUUUUUAUUUUAUUGUGGUUUUUUAACCCGAACAUCAGGCAUGGGAUAAAGAAGGGGCGAUGCUGACUCGGCCGGGUCGGGUUGGGGCUGCAGCUGAGGAGAGGGAAAGGACAGAGCCUUUGCUUUAUUUCAUCUCCCACGGGUGCAGCGGAACCCCGGGAGCUUGGCCAAGAAAGGUCUGCCUGUGGCUGGUGGGGGAUUCAGCACAGGAUUUUCCUGUGGGGGAAGCUGGUUUGAGGGAAAAGAUGCCCAGUGUAGCAGGGCAAAAAUUGUGCAGGGUCUCCAUGCCCUGCAUCACAGCAUUUUCCCAAAUUCCCAGCCAGUUCCUUGUCCAGCUGGGUGACCACCUGACUUUGUGGAGCUGGUUCAGCAGGUUCGUCUGCCUCGUGCCACCUCUGUGCAUCCCAAAAGCUUUUGCAGGCCUGUGGGACUUCAGCCAGAGCCCAAAUCCUGGCCAUCCCACCCCAGAGGCACCCGUGGCCACUGGAGGGGCCCAUGGCUGUCCCUGUCCCCGUGGUGGCCGCAGCAGUGGUGGCUCUCUGGGUGCUGCUGUUGUGUGUAGUUCUCUUAUCAAUCCCAUUCAAACUGCCCCAUGGUUCAGCACCCAGAGCAGGGUUUGUGACCUUUUCUCCACCCAGCCCACAGCUGGUCCCAUUCCCAGGUUCCCCUUUCCCACACCACACACAGGAGCCCAGAUGUGGCUGCAGGUUGAGUUGGACCCAGGCUUUCCCCUCAAGGAGCUCCCUAGAACUGUUAUUUUGGGAGUUGCUCUUGAGUUAGCAGGAUUUAGGAGCUUUUUAGGGGGAGAAACUGCCUGUUGGAGCCAAGGGGAAGUGAAAGGUCCUUAUUCCCUUCAAGGAGUAAGGCUGGUUGGAAGGAAUGUGGUGUUAGGGACCUGCUGCUCCUCUUGGGAGGCUCAAAAGGCGAUGAAGGAAGGAUUGGUGGGAUGAUGCUGUUCCAGGCCACGGCAGCAGGGGAUGCUUGAGAGACUCUGUGGCUCUGCAGAUGGAUUUUUCCAUCCCUGCUCCUGCUCCCAUUGCAGCAAAUGCCAAAAACCUACAAGGGAAAAAUCUGCUCCGAGGCAGCCCCAGUUUCUGCUGACAAAGGGCUAAAAUCCCAAACCCCUUUCCUGCUUUGUGCUGAUUCCUUGUGCACCCAACCCCAUCCUCGGGCAGCUCGGACCAUCCCCGAGCAGGAGCCAAAACCUUUGGAUCCAUAACUGCACCCUUCAAACUAAACAAGCAGCUUUUCUAGCAACAUGAAGGAUAUUCCUGCUUUUGUAAAAAGACCUCCUAGGGAAGACCAUGGACUAACCUUGACGAGGGAAGACUCCCCAGGAAGCUGAUGGGAUUUCUGCUCCGCUCCAAGGCAGAGGGAAUUUGGGACCGCGUUCCUCCCCGGCAGCUGCCACGCGCAGCCCUGAGCUCCCUGGCUUUGCUGACCACAUCCCAACUGCUUCUGGGAGUAGAUUGGAGCCUGCCAGCCUCGGUCCCCUCUCCGCUGGAGCCAGGUCUCUGGGAAAAGGCUGCCGGCCCUCCCACGGCCCCACGCCACGUCCAGUGCCAAUGCGUCGCUGUCCAGCGCAGCGUCCACGGCGUGGGGAUGUGCCCGGCUCCUCUCCUGCCCUCUCCAAAGCUUGGACAGAAGAGAGAAGUCAGUGCUGCCUUUUACGUCCAGAGGGUUGUGCCUUUUUUUUUUUUUUUGGAAGCAUCAUUUCCGACAGCACCGUUCACUUCCCGGGAAAAGCGGCCCCAGAAGGUGACUGCGCUCGGAGGGAACAGCCCGUGGGGGUUUGGGAACGUUUGGGGAAAAACAGAAAUUAAAAAAAAAAAAAAAGCACACACCCUUCUUUUUGCCCUCAGUAUUUGUCAGACAACCCAACACACACCAAUGGUCAACGCCACCGACUUCAUUUCAUCCGGCAAAGAACCCAGGAAAGCACCUUAAUUUGGGAACAUCACAGCGUCCAGCCCAUGGGGAGAGAUUCUGGAUUAUUCUGAGCAAUAAGAGCCCCCCCGUGGGAACCUAGGGAAGACUGGAAGUAUUAAACACGUGUAACUCGACCUGCCAAACUGCAGGAACCUGCACUUUUCAGUUCUCUUUAGAGGAACCGACUUGAUUAGAUGAUUUUUUGGGAGGGGAUAAAGUGAUUGGGUGUCGAUUCAGUGAUUCCUGGCCUGGGACGGGUGCCACGCGUGGAAAGGGAUGGCAAGGGGUGGAAAGGGAUGGCAAGGGAUGGCAGCCCCUGCCUGGGGCUUGCCAGGGCUGUGCCAAGGUUCCUCACCCCUGCUGGGCCACCCAGAGCUUGGAGCUCGCAGGGAAAGGGCGAACGACAAAGCCUGGGCAGAAAUGCCCGAAAAAGGGAGAUUUCCCUCUCCCCUGUGGCCAGGGGGGAGGGGGCCCGGGAGCCCCGAGCCCCCCGUGGCUCUGGUGCUCUGGAGACGUUCCCAUCCCAGCACGGGAUGUUCCUUUCCAACAGCCCUGGGCAGCCAUGGCUCCUUUCCAGACCAGAUUAAUUUAGUGUUUGUUUGUCUGCUCUGGCAGUUUAGCUGAGUGUCCAUUUCCACCCACAGAACCCUCACACUGUGUAUAAAGAUGGAUCAAAAAUAUAUAUAAUAUAUAUUCUUGUGAAUGUUGGUGGAAAAGAGAAAAAUAUAUAAAGUUUCAGUCGGCUUUAUGUUAUUUUUUAUCUCUAUGAAUGAAAGGAAGAAAUGGAAAACCUUUUAUUUCCAUUGACCACCCCUCCACACACACCUACCUGUAGAUACCAACAGGUUUUAUGGAAAUGUUUUACUUUUUAGAUUUAGGAAAAUGCUUCUGUUCUCAUUGAAUGUUCUGUCUUGUAAGAUUGUAAUUUCUAUUUUUUUAAAGAAAAGAAAAUAACUAAAUAAAAUUUCCUCUUUCA